AUGGUGGCCUUUAACUGGAAGGCUCUGGAGAACUUCCCACUGCUGAUGUACAUUUUGGCAGCUAAAACAUUGAUCCUUUGCUUGGCCUUUGCUGGAGUCAAAAUGUACCAGAGCAAGAAAAUUGAGGAGAAACUGAAGAGGGAACGUGAGGAGAAGCUGAAAGCAGAAGCAGAGAAGAAGGAUGAAUGA